CAACAACAAAGACGACCAGGGUGAAUAUGAAAGCGACCCAAUCACCUAUAAGGAGCCUUUCAUGGUUGCUGGCCAUCAUUGUUCCUUGUUCUGCGCUGACUUUCACCGUCCCCUCUUCACCGCCAUCGAAUGCAAGCCAGCAACUUGAUCCCGCACCGAUUGGCGUUUCACUUGAGUUUUUCGCAUUUCCAGCAUACUUUACUGACGUCGCAUCGACCUCGCCAUGUCUUCAAAAUUUGAGAAGUCUGACAGGGACUUGGCCACCACUCAGGAUAGGGGGAACGACACAGGAUCGCGCGACGUAUAGUGCAAGUCAGACCACGGCUGUGAGCUACACUGUCGCGGCACCUGGUGAUGCUCCGUCGACUUUGACUUUUGGUCCCUCUUUUAUGACUUUGGCGAAUACAUAUGGGGGACAGACAAUCAUAGGCUUCAAUCGGCGCUUGAACAAUCAGCCAAACACAAUCCAAGCUGCCCGCAAGGCAUUGGAUGAGAUGGACAAUCUCAACUCGAUCGAGCUUGGAAAUGAGCCAAACUUCUACACGAGCUCAGACCCCAUUGCUGGCGGAUCUUGGAGCGGGACCAAGGACUUUGCAAGCCAAGUAUCAUGGCAGACCGCGGUCGGCUCAAAUCUCUCUACCACAAACAUCUUCUCUGCUGGCGUCUACUUCGACACAAACACCUUCAGUAUUGCCGGACUAACCGCACAGGAAAGCAGCACUGCCGCACAGUAUGUAAGAGAAUACUGCUCUCACAAUUACCCGCAGUCUCAGUCCUCCGCGAAUCUGGCCUCUCUCAUGAGCCAUAGCGCCAUCAAAUCCCAGAUCGCGCCUUUCAAGAACGAAAUCACCGCGGCCAAGAACGCUGGAAAGUACCACAUCAUGGGCGAGACGAACUCUGCAACGCAAGGAGGCGGAGGCAUCAGUCCCACAUUCGGUGCCGGGCUAUGGCUCAUGGACUACUCCAUCCAAAUGCUCAUCCUCGGCACCAAAGCCCUAUACUUCCACCAAGGCACCGUCGGCAAUUGUCAAUACUGCUGGUGGGGCCGCUACAGCAUGGGCGCACCAUACUACGGCGCAUACUACGCAACCAUGGCCCUCGCCGGCGCAGACCAAAUCGCCCCUCUCGACAGCGGGACCACAAACUACGCCGCUUAUGCCAUCUACAAGGCCGGAAAGCCCGUCAGGCUGCUGCUGUACAACUCCGACUACUACGUCUCGGGCACACGGAGUGUGCAGACUUUCACGAUGUCCGGGCUCCCCGGCACGGCUGUGACGGCGAAACGCUUGACGGCGUCAAGUGCGACGGCGCGGCAGGAUCAGGGGGGGAAUCCGACGGUCGGGGGGCAGACUUUUGCGAAUGGGACGUGUGCGAUACAGGGCAGUGCGGUUUCGGAGAGUGCGGCGGUGGUGUCUGGAAGGGCGACUUUUACGGUUGCGGCGAGUGAGGCGUUGUUGGUGUAUUUGUGAUUUGCUGUGCUGGGUACGGUCGAACGUGUUUCUGUGCGACAGUGAAGGGCUAUAGUUUUGAAUCAUACAGUGCAUGUUGCUGCGAAGAAGAAAGGCUGAUAAGUCCUGUUGGGUACAGUAAGAUUCGCGUCUUCAGGAGCAAAACACUCAAACUUCUGAAGGCGCAUAGAAGAGACACAUCCCUAGGAUGUAGAAUCCAUGGUAUGCUCUAUUAGUAGCGAAAUAUGCUGCUGUUCAGCAGUGAAAUACUC